AUGAGCUCUGCACUCUUGACUUCCCUUUAUCAAGGUGCUCAACUCACAUCAGCAUUUUCUAUCAGAUCAAUUCAUAGACUUCUGAAUUUCUUUGAUUCACCUCUCAUCAAAUCUUCUGACAAUCCUGUUGGUUGUACACUUCCUCAGCAAACUCUCACCAAGAUCAAGAACUUAACCCCGUUAAAGCGACGUCCUUCGAUUCCACUCAAGUCUUCCAAGUUUCAGAAGAUGGCAUACCAGGAAACUAUCCCAUCCGAUAAUGUUGCCCGUCCAGAUUUUCAGGUCCAAGAUCCACGAUGGCCUCCUCAGACAAUCUAUCUUUGCCCUUCCGAGAAUUAUUCAAAGAGGCAUCUGAAAAGUUUAUUGAAUGAAGUCGUCGCGGAUGGAAUCGACAUACAUGGUCCUUCAAAUGCGAAUAAUCAAUCUGGAUCGAAAUCGAUGAAAGCCAUCGCAUUCGAUAUGGAAUGGUGUCACGAUUGGAGUAGAAAGUGCGCUCGAACCACAUCACUUAUUCAACUUGCUGGUCGAUCUAAGGUACUCAUUAUUCAACUCGUUCAACUGGAUGGACAAAAGUGGAAAGAAGCCACCUUUCCUCAGUGUUUAGCAGAUUUGAUCACGAGUACAGAAAUCAUCAAGAUGGGAGCCGGAAUCAUCAGCGAUGAACGGAAGAUCGAUCAAGAUAUCUGGAUUGACAGUCAUGAUCAGAUCGUUAAGCUUAAAAAUUAUUUAGAGAUUAAUGAUCUGAUUAAAAAAUUUGAUAGUCAAGCAAAAGAGGAGAUAGGAAAUGGAACUUUUUCUUUGCAAAAAUUAGUCGACCGAUACUUGAACCUUCAUCUACCAAAGACCAAAAAAUUGACUAUCUCCAAUUGGGAGACCACUCAGCUUACGAGUUCACAAGCUCAUUACGCCGCAGCAGAUGUAGUGACCGUGAUAAGAAUUUACGAACGGUUGAUGUCCUCUGGGGAUGGUAAUCUGAAUGACGUGAAACCACUUCUGAAAGCCACCCAGCCACCACGAAAAUCCGAUCUCCCAUUUGCAGAUCCCCCCAAAAAACCCAAGUCAUCAAAAAAGAAGCGACCAGCGCCUAAGGGCCCCUCGACCAAUUCGACCGCUUCAAUUUUCAUGUGGAUCAUCUCUAAGUGA